CGAUGUCUGGAUGCAUUCGAUCAAGACAGUGCCCGUGUGAUCAACGCUGCUCUGGAAGGUUCUAUCCCCGAUCAUGUGUUAAAUCCUGACCCAUCACAGAGCUUUAACGGCGGAUUUCGGGAAGAAUUGGACGCCAUGCGUGCAGCUGAACAGUUGAAGAUUCCCAAACUGAAAACAGACCAGGUCUGGCAAGGAAAACGAGACGAUGUGAAUGCGAUCCCGGAACUGGGAAAACGUUUGAAACAGGUGACCAUUCGUUCGGCUGUCAGUAUUUGGGAAGAUGUGGAUGAUGAGGACCGCGCGAUUUGUAGCCAUCCGGAGGAUUUGGUCAACACACGACCGAUGAACACGAUGGAUGCUUACGAAGAUGAAUACGAUGACACAUAUGAAGUUCACGAAGGAGCCGUCGAUGAUGUGGGCUCAUCUGCCGAAUCUGAUACCGCUCGGCUUUCCGAUCACGAAUCUGAUCCCAUCCAAGCACAACAAAAAUGGAACAAAUAUCAGAAUAAAGCGGAAUCACAUACUCAAGGGCGUCCCGAUUCCGCUCGAAAUACCGUUUUACGAAUCGAGAAUCCCGAGGUUGUCCGCGAGCGCCAACAAACUCAACGUGCUUUUCGUCGCGGUCGUUUCAAUCCCCACCCGAUGCAAUCCGGUCCAUCGAACUCGCACGCUCCCGCCCCUCGUCCCGACCAACUGUCCUCAAGAGCGUCUACAGCGAAUCCCGAACCUAUUUCUCAACCGGACAGGGAAACCGAUAGCACAUCGAAACAGCCGGGCAACUCACAUUCAGUGGCUGCUGAUCGUGCCUAUAAAAGCUCGCAUAAGGCCCGCUUCGCGAAUCAUAAUCGCCGGCGUCUAGCCGACAAGAAACGUCAGUUCUGA